AUGAUAUCAAGAUUGGGAUUAAGAAACACCACAACCAGACUUUUGGUUAACAACAGAAGAAUUGGGUUAAAUAGUGCUUAUUUAGUCACUAGAAGAACGUUGGCUUCAAAACCAGAACAAAAAGCUACAAUCAUUGACCAUUUAACUGAUGAAGUCAUUGAAUUAACAGACCCAGAUCGUCCACAAAUGGGUAACUAUCCAAAUCCAAAAUCACAAAUAUUGGCUCAAGAUAAAGAUCCAUAUGCUAAAUAUGACGAUCCUCAAAAUUUAAGAAAUAAAAACGAUCCAAUGAAUUUCGACGAAGAUAUGUAUGAUAUUUGGUCCCCAGAUAGUUGGAGUUAUGUAUCUGAUAAGACUGCCUUAAAACAUAAUGCAUAUUUCUUUGGUUCUUUAAUUGCAUUCUUUUCUUUGCUUGCAUAUUUCGAAAUGAAUCCUGAAAAACCAGCCAUGAUUAGAUCUUAUCCUUACAAUGGUUUAGCUACACAUAUGGGUGCCAAGGAUGAAACAGAUGCACAUCUUUUCCAAGCUAGAGUAGAUCAUACUGCCGAAGAAGAAUGUGGUAUAUUACCUGUAGAUGAUGUAGUUAUUAGCCAAAAAGAAGAAUAUUUGAAAGCCAAUGCUGCUUUUAUCAAUGUUUGA